GCGGCAAAGGCUGUACUGUGCGCGACUCGGUAUCUACCUGGCCGAGGCCGGAUACCUAUAAGACCCACCUACUCGGAUGGCGACGCGACGUCGCAGACGCAUUUUUCUCUCUUCUUCCGCGUGGCGGGAUAUUUUUCUGUCGACUCGCUGGAGGAUAGAUACUGUAGAUCCGAGAAUUAUCGCGUCCGAUCGAUCGAUAGGGAGAGAGAGAGAGCGAUCAUUUAUUAUUUUUCUUAUCACGCGAGGAUGCUUCGAAUUUCUUUUUACUCCGCCUCGCGGGUGAUUAAAUUCCUUUACUACUCGGCGGGAUUUCGCAAGCGCAGACGCUCGGUUCAAAGUUUCGUCUUCGACAGAGAGUGAUCUUAUGGUGACACAAGUGCUUUCGAAAUAUUCGAUGGUUUAUCUCCUUUUUUUAUCAGAUACUUGUAUUACGAGGAAGAUCUAAACCUGUUUCAAAUACUCGUUUCGCGAAAGCGUGCGAUCUUAUAUCAUGUCACAUGGUCGUGACGCUGUAAUCGUUACAAGGAAACGGAUUUUCUCGAAGAGUGACUACUUUAUCCGGUUCGAACGCGUAGCGCGAUAAUUAGCGGAAAUGGACGAGAUGAGCGAAUCAUUUUGAAUAAUCGCUGCCGGUGGUCGACAUUGAAAAACGAACGAAUUGUCCGAGCCAGAUCGUAAGUGACGUAUCUCGGAGGGAUAAAAUCGUCGGCGCGAUAUUGGAGUAAAAGACACGCACUAGCACGGACCUGGUGCCGCAGCUGCUUGGGAUGUUUGACGAGCUGGCGCGUCGCAGCGAUGACUACGCCGGCGAGCACGUGGUCCUGCCGUCGUCCUGCGGCAUCCCGCCUGCUCUGCAGAAGCGCCUGAGCCUGGUGCCGAGCGCCCAUCGAGACUCCAUACUGGGUCAGUUCCGCGAACCGGCGAAGAGCAGCAAGAAAGAAGACGAGGAAGAAGCGGAGAGCGAGUACGCCGAGGUCGGCGACAUCAGCGACAACGCCAUGCUGGUGGAGAACGGGGAGGUCGUCGUCGUCGUCGAGAAGCCGACGUACGAGAGGCGAGAGAGCAACGGCCUAAUCCCCCUCAGGUACACCAGGACGCGCCGCGUCAGGAACGGAGGAGGUAGACCGCUCUCUGGGAGCUCCAUCGCGUCCAGCUCGUCCUCCAGCAGCGGCAGCAAUCAGGGCGGCAACACCUGCGCCGCGAAUCCGUAUCUGGCCUCGGUCGAGUCCCUCGCGGACACCUGCGCGAGCUCGCAGGGCUCAGCGGACAGCGGAGUCGCGACCGUCUCCGAGGCCAGUUGUAGAAUCUUGAGCGACGAGGCCGGAGCCGGAAGGAGAGACAGCGCCGAGGAGGGUCCGAGCUGCUACAGACCGCGUUACUGCGACCCCCAUCGCAAUCCCGUCGAGAGGGUGCUGCUGGAGAUCGUGGACACCGAGGCGAUCUACGUCGAGCACCUGCGCCAAGUCAUUCAGGGCUAUCUGAUCUUCUGGCGGGACGAUCCGCCGUCGUUCGCCCGUCAGUUGAACCUCGGCGAUCUGUUCAGCAACAUCGAGGACAUCUUCGUGUUCAAUAGGGAGUUGCUGGGGGACAUCGAGAGAUGCGGCUUGGAUCCGGUCUGCGUGGCGAAUACGUUUAUCGAGCACAACGCGGGAUUCAAGGUCUACACCGAGUACUGCACCAAUUAUCCCAGGACAGUCUCCGUGCUGACCGAUCUGAUGGGCCGGGAAGAGACCGCGUCUGCGUUUCGCGAGCGUCAAACCGCUCUGAAGCACGCGCUGCCGCUCGGCUCGUUCCUCCUCAAGCCGGUCCAGAGGAUCCUCAAGUAUCACCUGCUCCUCGAGAAUCUGUCCAAGGAGUACGGCGCCGAUUGUAACACGAGAGAGAACGAGGCUGACGAGGGCGUGAGCGCCAUCGAGGCCGCUCUCGCCGCGAUGACCGGGAUAGCGAAGCACAUCAAUGCCAUGAAGAGGCGGCACGAGCACGCCGUGCGCGUCCAAGAAAUUCAAUCGCUUCUUUACGGCUGGCUGGGACCGGAUCUGACUACCGGCGGCGAACUGGUAGCGGAGGGUAGAUUCCGAAUGCGAGGGGCCAAGGCGCCGCGACACGCCUUCCUCUUCGAUCGUAUGCUCCUCUUGACGAAGAAGAGGGAGGACGGCCUUCUGGUUUACAAAGCUCAUAUCAUGUGUUCAAACUUAAUGCUGAUUGAAAGUAUCCCGGGGGAGCCAUUCAGCUUUCAUGUGAUACCUUUUGAUAAUCCUCGAUUGCAGUAUACAUUACAAGCACGCAAUCUAGAACAAAAGAGAGAAUGGACCCUUCAAAUAAAGAGAGUGAUAUUAGAGAAUUAUAACGCCGUUAUACCGUCGCACGCGCGACAAUUGGUAUUGCAAUUGGGUCAAACGCAACAAGAAGACGACGCGGAUAAAGGAUCGGCGAAGAAACACUCUGCGCCUCCGGAAUAUCUGGAGAAACGUAAGCAGGAGAGAGAAAGACGUAGAUCCGAGACUGGUCUUAGGCAGAAGCUGAAGAAGGGCGCCCGAAAAUCUGAUACCACAAUGGGUUCAUCGCGCAAAGAUGACGAAGAUAUCGCCAUUAAUGACUCCAGGGAGCAAACUCUUAACAGAUCGUCGGAUAUACGAGUCUCGAAAAUCAAGAAGGAUCGCUUCACCGGCUGGAGACGAAAAUCCGAGCCAGGCUUCCAAUCGUACGUGUGUCUCAAUCACUCGGACGAGGAGCAAAAGGCGGACAUAACCGGCGACGCUCAGUCUACGACGACCGAGGUCGAAGAAACGGCCGAGGUUGGCGCCGAGGCGGAGAAUCAGACAGCAAAGCCAUCAUCACCUCCGAGCGAGGCCAAAGACAAUAAUAAUCUCGAGCAGCAGCAUGCUACUCCGACGCAAACGGUAGAGGAGAUCGUCGGCCACAUUCUCAUGCAGAACCAAGAGUUUCAGAGACUCUUGGAGAAACAACGCACCAACAGCAUCAUCAACGUGCGACAGCAACGAUUCAACAAGCGUAUCUCCGCGGACACGUCGGACGAGAGCGACUCGGAGAACGCUAAUUACAUCGCGAACAAUCACAACAACAACAAAUCGGGACGAGGUCGGGCGACGCGGCUGAUCAGGACGAACAACGCUUGGAACUCUUUGUCCUCGGCGACGACGGCGCGGGAGAACCAGCAGCCGCUGCAGUUCUUCUACGACAACCUGAAGACCGUCCAGAAGUCCUCGACAGAAGCGCGGACCAGCAAGACCAAUCACGAGAAGCAGCGGACCUUCGAGACGUUCAAACGACAGAGCAUCGUCACUGAGAGCAAAGUGAUGCAGACCGCGCUGCGCAUUCGUGAUAAUUCGACGGACCACGAGGAGAUCCACCCGGCGUCGAAUCACCGAGCCCCCGAGGAAUCGCACAAGGAGAUCAACUGCAACGAGGCGGGAGAGGCCGAGUCCAGGGGCUUCGGUAACUACGACAACCUGCAGCACGUCUGGGAGGGUCUGCAGACGGCGAAGGACGUCGACGACGGCAGCGACAGCCCGACCCAGCCCGCGGUCUGGCUCACCAAGCUGUGCGAGGGUCUGCCCACGUCGCCGCCCAAGUGCGGCUCGCUUCCGCGUAGCUUUCAGAUCAGUCCAAACUCGCGACCGACGUGCGUGACGAAGUCGCGGUUCCUGCAACGGGACGGGAAACCGAUGAGCGAGCGGCCGUUCACGAUCGCGUCCGACAAGCCAGCGGAGAUCAACCUUGAGGACAUGGAGAGGUACGCGUCCACGUGUCAGCCGGAGGGCAGGAUCGCCAAGUUUCCCAUGCCGGCGACGUCCACGAGCUCCAGCACGUCGACUUUCUUCUGCUCGCUGGAGGACACGCGGCUGACCGACGACGCUUACUCCGACGUGCGAAUGUCCGCCACCGAGGGCGCGAAUAUUCAUCCCGAGCACAAGAUCUACCGGGCGAACGGCAGCACGAUCUUCCGGAGCGUCUUCUUUAAGGCGAGCAGCCGUCUGCAGGGCCGUCUAAGGAACACCAUGAGCACGGAGACGCUCGAAUGCAACGACGAGGUCGAGCGGACGCGGUACUUCCGCUCGUUGAGCGGAGUGAACGGAAAAUGUUCCAAAAGACGGACCAAGACGAAGAACCAGCAGACGAGGGAGCUUUCCUCGGAUGCAGAGGAGCUGGUGGGGUGCUCGAGCGUCGGCUCGAUCAACGAUCAGCGGAUCCCCCAGCUCUACUACAAGCAAGGCAGUUCCAGUCUCGGCGCUAGAAUCGCCCAGUCGGAUUACGCCGAUCCCGCGAUUCUCUUCGCUGAGAGCAAACGCGUCCAGUCCUCUUCUACAGGUGCCAAUAAUCAAUCGAUCGGCAAGACCGACGAGGAGGAGGAGGAGGAAGACGCGGGCAGCAACAAGGACGCGGACAGCUUCUACGAGAGGAGCUUCGAGACCAUCGAGAACUACGCGGACGCCGAUGUGGACGAGGCGUUCCGGGACAGUGCAAUAUUCAGCGACGUCGACGAGGUGUUUGUGACGCGGCACUCGACCGCGACGACGUCGCCGAAGGUGAAGGUCGCGCCGCCGAUACCCGCCCGGAGGAAGCAGGAAACGUUCUCGACAUUGAUGCCGUCGUCGAGGUGGAAACCGAGUGUCGCGCAGAAACCGGAUUACCUGAAGAUCAAGUCGCUCCCGACGAAGGGACACGUCGCGGCUGAUUCGGAAAUCAAGGUCACCGGGAGGCUGAACAGAGUUCAUCAGCCGCGAGGCGACUCGUCGAUCGACCGGAACUCGGAGAUGAUGGAUCCUGACGUUUCCGCGGGCCAGAGUCAAGCGGGCUGGGUGCGGAAGAUAGUGGGUCAACUGCAGGGACACAUCGAGACGUGAUCUGUACUUAUAUAUGUAUAUAUAGAGUUACAUUACAUAUAUAUAUAUAUGAUAGAGUUAAUUGCGAGAUUUGAUAAGUCUCGAGUCACAGUCGGUUGGUUGUGUGAAUGAAAGUGAAGCAAAUGUUCUUAUUAGAAGCCUGCGAAACUUGUUGAAUUAUUGAUUUCGUAUGAAGUUACGCAAACGAUGUUCCAAGUAUCAGCCAAGUAUAAGUACAGGGGAAGUGCUCUAUCUAGGAAAAGUAGUAUUUAAGACUCCUGGAUUGUCGCCGCAGCCAUAUUUAACUGUGACGUCAGAGGCGAGAAAUGACACGCUAAGAAUUCUUGCGUGGCAUUUCUAAAUAAAAAAAUAUUCGACUAAAACUACACUUUAGUUUGCUUUAGUACACUCCUAAAAGACUUCGAAAACAAUCCUUUCCUCUUGGCAACUAAUAAAUAGCUCUAAAAUAAACGUCAAAGUUAGCCUCAUUAUGCAGGAAAAUACACGGUUUGACACUGCCGAAAAGAGUGGAAAAUAUUCUUUCCACGAUUAGAAUCCCUCGCUAAUCUUAGUUUUCGAAGUCUUUUACGGAUUUCACGUAUACACCACACGUCACAAAACUAGCGUAAAAGGAAUAAUAACAAAAUGCCACGCAAGAAUCUUUCGGGCUGUCAUUUCUCGCUUAGAAAAACAGACAGAACUAUAAUCCGCCUGAUGUCGCUACUGUCGAAAUUUGGAGUUCCACGGCGAGUAUCCAGGAGCUUUAAUCCUUAUAUAAGAUACAUAAGAAACUUUGUAAAAAUUGGAAAUAAAAAUAGGUAAUUUGAUAAAAAGA